AUGCAUUCUUCUCGCGCCAACCCAUUCUGGGGUGAGGCUACGUCUUAUUUGAAGUAUGAUUAUGUCGUUACACGAUAUGUCGCUGAGUUUAUCAAUACUCUCAGCAGCUUAGCUUUCGUUGCCUAUGGAAUAUAUGGCCUCUCCAGACCAGGCCGGAAUGGUCAGACUAGCGCUCGUCUGCUUUCUUACAGUGGAUUGAUCGGCGUAGGCAUUUGCUCUGCCAGUUAUCAUAUGACAUUGAAAUAUCACACCCAAAUGUCGGAUGAAUUGUCCAUGCAUCUCUUGACAACGCCAAUGGUGUAUCGUCUCUUGACGUUCAAGAGUAGUCCGCAGCGUACCAAGGUUGUGGCCGUACUUCUUACCAUCCUCUUCACAGUGGUCAUGGUCACUCACAUGGUCAUGGACGAAUUCCUUCUCCAUGCAACGACCUUUGGCCUUGCUGUCUAUGUAAUCGCAACCCGAACGCUGAAGCUUAUCUCUCAGCAAGUGCCAGACCAACGCAUUAGGAAGAACCUUCGAAAUAUCGCGCUGUUUGGCUGCUUCAAUUUCGCCUUUGGGUACUUUGUGUGGCUGUUGGAUGGCUGGUUAUGCUCGCUGCUUACUUCGAUGAAGCAUUCAGCUGGCCUUCCCCUGGCUUUUCUCCUCGAGCUACAUGGAUGGUGGCACAUCUUUACUUGCAUUGGGGGCUAUGUUGGCGUGGCUCUCGUCGACGCAAUAACAUCAGGUGAAGUCCGUGAGGACCCGACUCAUCAGCUUGCGUGGCCCGUCCCGGCUGCGGCGAGAUUAUUGACAGGCGCAAAUGCAACACCAAAGGAAGAAUAA